AUGUGCAACAGAGAGUGGGCUAACCGCUACACCACAGACGCCAACGAUAGUAAGGAAGAGACUACAAGAACUGAAGGUUGCGGCGGAAUUCCCUCUGAGUUAUUUGAAAGUAAGGAACUGACAGAUUUACUUUACCCCCGACUUCUGGCAGACUUCGACGUGCUGGAUCAGCUGGAGUUCGAGGAUGACCCAAAUGCUAAAGAACGGCCUAUUCAAUGCCCAGUUGACUUUUUUGACGGUGAAGAUGAUAUCGACCAUGAUUUGACCGCAUGGAGAGGGCUGUCCCGUGCGCCAUUCACAUUCCGGCACAUACCAGGCGGCCACUUCUUUCUGAGGGAACCCGAGUCCUCGAAGCUGCUAAUCAACCAUAUGAACCAAAGAUUCAUCAGCUACCAGGACUUUGUGUAAAACGCCCGCUUAUCCAGGACUGUCAGAUUUUUCAGACUAAAUUAAUUAUGACCUCUCAACUCUACUAUAGUAGACCUAGUGUUUCUAAGGAAAAUGUGGCAAGCUAAGAAAGUUUCAGAAAGGAGCUUUUGUUUAUAUGUUAGGCCUACACGUAAAUAUUUCACCUCGCGUUUCUUUCACAUGCAAUGGUUUGACUCGCACUGCAUAACUUAUUCGAAGGGGAAACACAUUAAUGUCCUGAAAAUAUGAUAUCCAGCGUACUAAUAAAAUGUUUGUAUAGUUAUAGUGCAAGAUUUAUCAGUUUAGUGUGGUAGAUUUAAGUGUUUAGAGCCUCUUCAGAAGUCAGGGAUGUGAUUAUAAUGUCAAACAUCACUUCUGCACAAAACCAACUAGUCUACUCCAAGCCACAUCACUCAAAAUCGAGCCAUUCAGCUUGGUUUGAAAGUCAUGAACAAAAGGGUUUCAGAUUAGUGAUCUGCAAAAAAAAUGUAAUUCCCUCGAAAGUUGAGGGAAAAAUUAAAGUGUUUUUUUUUAAGAAUUUGUUUUUGGGUUUUUUAAUGUGCUAUAAGGUCUUCCUGCAACAUUGCUAUUAUCAGUGACUAGAGAACAUAACUAAAUAUGUAUAAGGAUGAAUAGAUUUUUUACCCUGGGGCCCACACAGGAGAAGCGGCGUGAUCAGAAAGUGAAGAUAAUAAUAUUAUUAUUAUGGAACUCAGCAGCAGCAUCUUAUCUUUAAAGUGGAUCUUACUAACGCUGAGUGCUAUGUCUAGUGCGACAGUAAAUCCUUCGUUACUAUUGCAUUGACGGGUAUUUUAUUCUUUUUUUUUUCAGUGGUAUCAUAUUAUUUUCUCUUUGUUAAAAAGGAAUUGAGCAAACAUAAACGUAGAUCUAUGUUAUUGCUAAAGUACACUGUGUCUAUUAUUCGACCACAUUUUUUAGUUUAAAUAAAUCUGGGGUGUUUUUUUUCCUUUUGUUUGUUUUUUGUUAUCAUUGGUAAGUGUCAC